CAUCGAUUUAGCCAAUAACUGUGUAUGUCGUAGUUGUAGUCCAUGUCCAUUUUUUUUUUAAAUUAUGACAUCAUUACCCAGAAUCCCACUCGUCUGACCUUCAGUGGGAGGAGACACGGGGAAAUCGUAAGCAUGGCUGCGGGAAUACUAACCAAAGUAAUCCAUGGUGUACGGAGCGCUCGGCUAGUGGGAGCCGCCUUAUCCUCCAGCAGCCAUACAUUCACCACUGCUGCCAAACCCACACCUGCUUCUCACAAUGAGGAUACUGAUGUGAACGAUAAGAUCAUGAACUUUCCUCUGACCCAGCCGGACUUCUUCAGCGUGUCUGAGCUCUUUACCAUAAAGGACCUGUUUGAGGCCCGAGUCCACCUUGGCCACAAGAAAGGUUGCAGGCACAGAUUGAUGGAGCCCUAUCUGUUUGGCACACGCCUGGACAUGGACAUCAUUGACCUGGAGCAGACAGCAUCGCACCUACAGCAGGCUCUGAACUUCACAGCACAUGUGGCUUACCGUGGCGGCAUCGUGCUCUUCGUAAGCCGCCGGCGCCAGUUCACACACCUGAUUGAAUCUACGGCGCAACAAUGUGGCGAAUACGCUCACGCACGCUACUGGCAGGGAGGUGUGCUUACCAAUGUCAACACCACCGGAGUGCGUCUUCCUGACCUUAUCGUCUUUCUCUGUACACAAAACAGCGUCUUUCAGACACACACCGGCGUACGCGAUGCCGCCAAGGUCAACAUUCCUACAGUGGGUAUCAUCGACUCAGACUGUGACCCAAGCCUUAUCACGUAUCCAGUGCCGGGCAACGAUGACACUCCGGCUGCGGUGGAGCUGUACUGCCGUCUGUUCAGGAUGGCCAUCAACAGGGCAAAGGACAAGAGGAAGCAAAUGGAGCUGCUCAAGGGGCUAUGA